AUGCUGGUGCCCAACCCGGUGGUGGGCUUCCAGGGCCUCGUGUCCCGUGCAGCCGACAGCCCGCAGAGCAAGCCGCCCAUGACGUCCAAGCAAGCCCAGAAACUGCACAAACUCGCAACGCGCCAGCCCCGCCUCUCCAAAGCCGAGCAGCGGCGCUUCGAACGCGACGAGCAGGAACGCAUCCGCAACGAGUUCGACAAGGAGAAGCAGGCCUCCAAGGCCCGCGUCGCCCGCGACAAGAAAAAGGCAAAGGAGCAGCAGGCGGUUGAGCACAAGAGGAAGAAUGGUCUGCCGCUGGUCGAUGUUCGGCCCAGCCAGGACACCAUCGCCAGGUUCGUCAGAGGCAACGGCCUGGGCAGAAAACGGGACUCG